UUGUUCGGGAUUUCAGCACAUACUGAAGAGCACCUGAGACAUCCAGCCUUGAGCAGUGAACAGAUACUAGAUUCUUGGACCUCACAUUCACAGGCAGCCAUCACUGGAUUAGCUGGACCACAGCCUGUAAGUCAUUCUAAUGGAUUUCCUUUCUAUAUGUAGAGAGAGGUUCAUUCUGGAAGUUCUGUUGCUCUAGAGAUUCCUGACAAGUACACUAACCCACAUUCUUUCUGUUCAGGGAAGAGGGAAAUUCUACCUUUCACUUCAACAUGAGCGUGGAAUCAGGAAGCCCUGACCCAGACCCUUCCUGCCCUCCACUGCACCCACCUACAGAUGAACAGGUCACUUUUGAAAGCAGCACCUCAGGAUCACAGCCAAGUGAGACUGAGGGGAAGUCCAGCGAGUCAGAGAACAGUUCCAGAGAGCACACUGAUGGAUCAGCUCAGAUGAUGGAAAACACCAGGAAGAGGAAACACUGUUCCAAGGACUCCACGCAGGUCAAAAUGGAAAAUGAGGGUACCUCCCACUCAGAAAAGAGACAAAAGACGCCAGGCAAGAACACUGAGCCAGAAGCCGAUGGCCACCAAGGAGGAUUAGCCCGCUGCCCAGAACCUCCGCACACAAGUCCACCACCACUUCGAAAGAGCCUGGUGCUCUCUCUUCGGGCAAUGUCUGAGGCUGUUUGUGGAGACAUAGCUCAGCUGCAGGCCCAGCAGCGUCAUUCCCUGCUCACCCAGGAGCAACUCUCUAAGCUCACACAGCUCUCAGGGUCUCUGAGUGCCAUGGUGCAGACCUUCUACAGCCUGGCCAACCAAGCUGGCUUUGCCUUCCCAGCUGAGGGCUGGCUUGUCCCAGCCCUCACAGCUGAACCCCAGGAGCUGACUAGGAAUGACUCUCAGAGUUCUUCACUGGAGGAAGGACAGAUCACGGAUACUGCCAGCCCAUCAGACAAGUCCUGAGCCUAGGCCAUGAGACCCUUCUCAGCAGGGGUGACACUUCUGGACAACAAGGGACUUCUCCAUCUCCCUGCCCACCACAGCCUGGAGCGUUCCCACACUGUGAACCAAUAACAAGCACAGUGGUGGCAGGAGGAAUCUGAAAUUCUUCCUCAGCUCAUGGAGCGAGUUUCCUAAGAACUAGGACUCCAGGGCGGCAUUUGCAGUAGACACUUGCCCUCUCUGUAUAUCUGCCUGAAGAGAGAUUUGUGU